AUGUCCAUGUCGCAGGUCCCUUCAGACCGUGACACGCUCCAAGGUCACGUGCCCAUUCCACCGCCUGGACAUGAGGCUCGCCCGAGCAUCACCAGCCUCAUCGAUCUUGCCUCCUACCCCCCUUCGCCCAUCUCGACGGUUUUUGACGAUGCAUCUACGGAUGUGUCGGACUCUUCAGACCAGGCUGCCGCAAAUUUCGUCCGCGCCAUCAGCCUCUCCUCUCUCAUCCAUCCUACCCAUGAAUCGCGUCAAGAGCCCCCAUCGCAGCAGUCGGUGGCUGCAGCUUCGUCUGACGGCUUCUUCAUCAACCUUGUUGGAGCCCAGAGGCUGAUAGACCAGGCCUGCGACGCGCUGAAUAUCUCAGUCGAUAACCUUCAGACACUGACCGACCUGUAUCUCGACAACAUGACGGCCUUUUCCUUGUUUCAUCGCCCGACUUUCGGGGCAAAGAUACAGACCAUCACGUCUCUUUCCACCCUGGUAGCCCUGCUCGCUUCCAUGUUCUCCGUGUCGAUCAAGUUCUUUCCAGCGUGCUCAGAGGCGGGCGGUCCUGAUGCUGGUAGCUUGCCAUCGUCGGAUCAGUUCCACAAGAUAGCCACAAAAGCACUUGAUGAUUCCCUUAGAGAGACGGACGAUGAAGUUCCUUCCCUUUCUGUCCUACAAGCCAUGGUUCUUUGUACUUUCAAUGAGUUGAUUCGAGGUGUCCGGGGCAAGGGGUGGCGACUGCUGGGCUCCUGCGUCCGGGUUGCCUACGAGCAACAUCUUAACCUCGUCGACUACGGCGCGCCGAUCCUACCCCCGCGCGAUGAGGACGGUAUCCGACGAUGGGUUGGCAAGGAGGAGGAACGACGCUGCUGGUGGGCUAUCUGGGAGAUGGACGUCUUUGCCUCGACGAUAAAGAGGUGUCCCUUGGCCAUUGACUGGUCAGUGAACGAAAUCUAUCUCCCGAUACCCGAUCGUGAUUGGUUCAACGGUCAAUACCGCCAGAGCAGCUUCCUCCACCCGCAGCCGGGCGAAAGAUGGAAGAGGCUGAAGAAGUGUGACAACGACAGCCCGACUGCAUGGUUCAUCGUUCUCAAUUCGAUAAUGCGGGAUGGCCAGGCCUUGGCGAGAGGCAGUCUGCAGGGCAUUCGAUCUGAUUGGAGAGGGAAAGAUGAGACGACUGAUCUCCAGCAGUACUUCAAGAACGUCUUUUGCAAGAAGUCCCCUAUCGCCGGUGACCAGCAAUUAUACUUUCUCAGCCAGGCCUUGCAGCAGACCGUCUCUGCCCUGCCGACAAAGCUCGCCUAUCAAGGGGAGAGGCUAUUCUCCCACGCUCAGAGCGCGCAGGUACCGCCGAACUCGGGGUCGUCGGCUGCCCAGGCGACGCUAGUGGACGUGGCACGCUAUUCUCUCUUCCUCAUGACACAGUUGGCACGCUUUCAGAUUUUCCACCAUCAAGCAUUCGGCGAGAUCGCAUCGGGCACACUGUUUACAGAGAUUGCCCCUGAUCCACCCUUUGGUUGGACGUCAACCCCUCAGCCCCCUGCGGGCGCCAUGUCAAACUGCGAAGGCCUACGAAACUGCCUCGAGGCUGCAGACAACAUACAGUUUGUCUUGCAAAAUGCCCCCGAGUGGCAUGUCAAGUGGCUGAACCCCUUCCUGGCUAGUACUGUGUGGUUGGCUGCGUCGCUGCAGAUCCUCCGCAAGGUGUAUGGACUUGGCACGGAAGCGGAGACUGAGUCGAAGCUCGCCCUCCUCCGACUCACCUGUCAGCGCUACUCACUAUUCUGGGGCACACCUCUCACGCUGUUACGCAACGUGGACUCGCUAGAGAAGCUUCUGCGACACAAGAGAAGGCUUCUGGCAGAGUUGGAGGUUCGUUCUGCAGCGAAGCAGCGAGGCGCCAGACUGAGGUCAGCAGGGGCUGCACCCAGUCCAGCCCUCGCAGACAUGAAAGACAGCCUCGAAGGGAGAUUGACUGAAAGCCUUGACGGUAUGGAUCCGCUCGCACCCGCCGACUUCAUGCCCGAACUCUUCGAUCCGUCAGCCUUCAUUCCGGACCUCGAAGGCUUUGCACCAGGCGCAAGGACCCAGACUGCCUCAGGCUCCCCCAUGACAACUAACUGGAUUGGUAUGCUAUCGGAGCGAGGCCAACUAGAUGACAUCUCUUUUGAUUCCUACGCCGACCUCUUCUUCCCUCUUGCUCCACCCCAGGAAGCUGACCAGUCACCGUGA